AUGACUAAUAAUAUUUUUACCCCCAUCCCAGAAGCAUUGGAAGCAUUCAAGAAUGGUGAAUUCUUAGUAGUAAUGGAUGACGAAGAUCGUGAAAACGAAGGUGACUUAAUAAUCGCUGCUGAGUUUACAACUCAAGAGAAAAUGGCAUUCUUAGUCCGUUAUUCUUCCGGAUAUGUAUGUAUGCCAUUAUCAACUGAACGAGCUGAUGCAUUGAAUUUGCAUCCUAUGAUAGAAGGACAAUUUGAUAGACAUGGAACUGCAUAUACUGUCACUUGUGAUUAUGCUCAUGGAACUACUACUGGUAUCUCAGCACAUGAUAGAGCAUUGACGGCUAGAAAAUUGGCUUCUCCAGAUUCUAAACCAGAAGAUUUCAUUAGACCGGGACAUGUAUUACCUUUAAGAGCCGUUCCUGGAUUGUUGAAAAAAAGAAGAGGUCAUACUGAAGCUGCAGUUCAAUUAUGUGAAUUGACAGGAUUACAACCUGCUGCUGUUAUUUGUGAAAUCGUGCGAGAUGAAGAUGGUUUAAUGAUGAGAUUGGAUGAUUGUGUGAAAUUCUCAAAAGAACAUAAUGUGAAAAUCAUCAAUAUUAAACAAUUGGUUGAGUACAUUUCAUAG